AUGGUACGGCCGAGCGACUUCGCGUCGACCGUCGCCGCGUGGCUCCAAGGCGAGGGCUUCCGCACUCGCUCGUGCUCCGUUUGCUCAUCGCGGCCGCUGCUGCUCGUGCGCGGCGCGCACUCGACGGUGGCGCUGCACCUAGUUCCGACGCCGCGGAGCUCAGAUGCGGUGCUGCCCGCGCGAGUGCCCAUCGCGCUCUCGGACAGCUUCGCGACGCGAAGGCAGACGCUCGUCCACCUGUGGGAGGACCAGUGGGACGAGCACCCGCGCAUCGUCCGCUCGCGCCUCCUCGCAAAGCUCGGCCGCUCGGAGCGUGUGAUGGCUCGCCAGACGGUGGCGAGGCGGAUCGACGCCGCCACGCUCGACGCCUUCCUCGUGAGCAACCACCUGUGGGGCUCGACCAAGGCUCGCUACCGCUACGGCCUCUUCCGCAAGCGAGACGAGCGGCUGGUCGCCGUCGCGAGCUUCUCGGCGCGUUGGAACAUGCGGCGGGAGCCGGGCGCGACCGCGCGCGCGUCGCACGAGCUCAUCCGGUACUGCAGCAGGCGAGGCGAGACGGUGGUCGGGGGCAUCUCGAAGUUGCUCUCCGCCUUUGCGCGCGAGGCGGAGCCGGAUGAGAUCGUCACCGUCAUCGACCGCGACUGGGGAGAGGGCGGCGGCUGGGCCACGCUCGGCUUCCGGCCGCUCCGCCGCCUGCCGCCAGUCACCUUCUUCGUCGGCCCGGACGGGAGACGCUGCCACCUCGGCGCCGGCUCGAACCCGCACCGCCGCCGGCUGCCGCCCGCGCUGCAGGCGGAGGCGAGCGAGGCGGAGGGGGAGGGCGGCGAUGCGCUCGUCGAGCGGAGGCUCGCGCGGCGCGGCUACUUCCCCGUGAGCGACGCCGGCGCGGAGAGGCACUUGCUGGUCCUCGCGCCGCCGGCGCCGCCAGCGCCACAGAGUGCUCACAGCCCAAAAUAUCGCUGA